GUUGUGGUUGAUGCUUCAAGAAGUUGUGGUUCCGAGGCUUCGAACACUCGGGUAGUGGAAUGUUUUGGUCAACAAAUAUUGACAGCUGAAGAAGAUGCAGGUGGAAGACGCGAGGUACCUGAAAAAGAAGGUGAAAGUUGGUUCACUGGAUGUACAUCCAACAGAAAAGGCACUAGUAGUCAAUUAUGAACUGGAGGCCACUAUACUUGGUCAGCUUGGCGAUGCCAUGCUUGGAGACAAAAAGGAAUGCCAAAAAAUAAUUCGGUUAAAGAGCUUGGAUAAUAACACAGACAUUGCAGCACUGUCAAGAGAAGUGGUGGAUAAAUGCAAACUUAUUCAUCCAUCCAAAUUAAAUGAAGUGCAACAUCUCAUCAGCUACCUUCUCUCAAGGAAAGACACUGGAAAAGGUCUUUCUUUAACAGAUGGACAAGUUUCCCUGGAUCACCCAACUCCAGGUCUUCCAAAUGACAUGACUGAACAGGCUAAUUUAAAUGAGUUGGAUUCUUACAUGGAGAUGCUUUAUGAAGACAUGCCUGAGAAAGUAAGAGGAGCAUCUCUCAUUCUUCAGCUUGCCAGGAAUCCUGAUUACCUUGAAGAACUCUGUCAAAAUGAGACAGUUUUGGGAGCAUUAGCAAGAGUAUUGCGUGAAGACUGGAAGAAGAGUCUUGAUCUUAGCUAUAACAUUGUCUACACUUUCUUUUGCUUCUCAGUUUUUUCAAAUUUCCACACUGUCAUAUCUCAUUUUAAGAUUGGGUCAUUGUGCAUGGACAUUAUUGAUGGAGAACUGCAGCGAACAGAUCAAUAUCGUGAACAACUUACCAAGAGGAAGAAAGGUGGAGAUCUGGCUAUUGAUCCAAUCAAGCUUCAGCAAGACUAUGAACGUAAUCUCAAAAAGUACCAGACUGUUGUGGAGAAGCAAGAUCAGGUGUUACGAGUGUGCACAUACCUGCUAUUAAAUAUUGCUGAAGAUGUCCGUGUUGAGGAAAAAAUGAGGAGGAAAAAUAUUGUUGGCCUUCUUGUUCGUAUGCUUGAGCGCGAGUCAACGGAUUUGCUUCUUUUAGUUGUCUCAUUUCUCAAAAAGCUCUCUGUAUAUAUGGAAAAUAAGGAUGAUAUGGCUGAUUUAAACAUUGUGGAGAAAGUGAGUCGUUUAGUGGCCACAGAGAACAGUGACCUCCUGAAUGUUACGGUGCGACUUCUGUUGAACUUAUCAUUUGAUGUUGGUAUGCGAGCCAAGAUGAUCAAAGUCGGACUUCUUCCCAAACUGGUGGCUCUUAUAUCAGAGGAACGCCACCAACAAGCAGUUUUAGCAGUCCUGUACCACUUGAGUGUUGAUGACAAAUGCAAAUCUAUGUUUACAUACACUGAUUGUAUUCCGGUGGUAAUGAAAUUAGUAUUAAACUCUCCAGGGUCACAAGUUCCUUUGGAGUUGAUGGCUUUGGCAGUAAAUCUGGCAGCUAAUAAGCGCAAUGCACAACUUAUCUGUGAGGGAGCAGGAUUGAAGUUGCUGCUGAAAAGGGCGCUGAAGUACAGGGAUCCCCUACUCACCAAGAUGAUCAGAAACAUUGCUCAGCACGAGGGACCAACUAGAGCUCUCUUCACAGAAACAGUUGGAGAGCUGUGUGAAGUAGUAAGCAGUGGCAAAAGUGAUGAGUUUGUUUUGGAGUGCGUUGGAGUGUUGGGCAAUCUUUCUUUGCCAGACUUGGACUAUAGUCAGCUACUUUCUAAAUAUAAUCUUAUUGACUGGAUCAAGGAGAGCCUACAACCAGAUGCAGUUGAGGAUGAUCUAGCCCUGGAAGUGGUUGUAUUAUUAGGAACAGUUGCUGGAGAUCAAGCUGCAGCAGAACUGAUUGUUGAAUCUGGCAUACUUCAUUCAUUGGUUAAUCUUCUUAAUGCAAAACAAGAAGAUGAUGAAGUUGUGCUGCAGAUAGUUUAUGUCUUCUACCAGUUAACUCGACACGAGGUAACACGACCUCAGGUCAUAUCUACAACUGAAGUUCCAGCCUAUCUCAUUGAUCUGAUGCAUGAUAAGAACACUGAGAUUCGCAGAGUCUGUGAUACAACACUCGAUAUUAUAGCGGAAAAUGAUGAAGACUGGGCCAUAAGAAUUCAAUGCCACAAAUUCCGAUGGUAUAACAGCCAGUGGUUGGAUAUGGUAGAAGAAGCAGAGAAUAUUGACACCAUGGGAGGUGAAGAAAUGGCUGGAGGAGAAGGUCUUGGUCACUCGUACCUUCAUCAUUCUGAUGUUUUGGAUCAUCAGGGACUCUAUUCAGAUGGCUUAUCUUCGCCUGAAAGUGAAGAAUACCCUGGCAUAAAUGGUCACAGUGAGGGCUCACGUCCAUCCUCUAACUACACAAAUCGAACAGAGGAAUGGAUGAACAUUUGACUUGGAAAAUGCUUGAUUCCACAAGAUAGGAAAAGGCCAAGUAAAAUGUCAGCUACCAAAUGAACAGAUGAAAAUAAUUAAUAAAUUUGCCAGCAUCAAAUGAGCAGGCAGUGUUAGUACAGGAAGCUGUGGAAGUGUGUGGGAGGCCUGACUGUACUAAGCUGUGUUUGUGAGGGGUGAAGCUCUCUAACUUCUGGACCAAGUGUGAUGUCUACCCAUCCUCAUAUUUUCCCUUACCUGAACUUGGAUUGUUGUUCUGGAAUAAAAUCCUAAGUUUUUGCAACCUAUUCUUAAACAAGUACAUGGGCUCUAAUUCCCUGUCUUAGUAUAGUCUCCAUCACUUUGCUGGAUAUGUGUUAUCAGUGAUGCUGGUCUCAUAGUUUUGGUCUUAAUUUUUGCACCUUUCUUCAGUUUAAAUAAACCUAGUAAAGGCAAAGUAAUAGUAUUGUGCUAAAAAAUUAUUUUUUAAGUUGAUGGAAAUUGUUAUUUUGAAUGUUUGGAAACAUUAACUGAGGAGUAAAGUCACUAGGCCAAAACCUUGCUGUUUUGAAAACUAGAAUUACUAUUUACACUGUUUACAUGUUACAGGGACUGUGCACUUGACCACAAUCACAAAACUCUAAAGUCUACCUGAACAUGAACAUUUUCACCAAAAGACAUGUUCAUUACAUUACAUUUAUAUUUAUAAUGAACUUCAUCAUCUAGUCCUUGCACCUUUUCCUUGAUUAAUCUAGAUAUAUUUGCUGUGUUCAACAAUUUCAUCAAUUUCAGUUGUAGUUCUUGAAUGCCUCCAAUAUUAAGUCCUGAAAAAUAUAAUCUACACAUCCAUUCCUUCAUUAAGUUUAGUAAACCUCUUAUAUAACUUAGCAAAUUGGAAUUGGAGGACCAUACCAACCUGAACCCAAGUUCCUCUCAUAAUUUUCCUUUAAUGUUUUAAUGUUUCUUCCAUUUCUUGUCCUUUUAAGUAUUUUAAGAAUUAUGUUUAUUAGUCAUUUGUUCAUUUGUCAUUAAUCAUUUAUUCUACAAAUGAGUAGACUUUUCUCUAUUUUACUUUUUAAAUGUUUACAAAAUAUAUGGCAUUGACCAGUUUUCUCCAUCUGAAUGAGACCUGGAAUGUAAUAAAGAUUUGGAUAACAGUUCUACUGCACAUUUCCUCAGGAGCCAAAAAGAUAUUAUAUCUGGUCCUGCAACUUUGAUUCACUUUCUCUCUAGCUCCAUUUCCUUUAUUUACAUCCCACAUUUUCUAUCUCCAAAAUAGUAUUUUUACUUCUAUCCUUUUGUUUGUUUUACAUAUAGUAAAACAAAGAAUAGCAGUGCCUCUAUAAACUUGAAAAAUUGUUAGGCCUGUCUUAUUUAAUGCAAUCUAUUUUCAAAUUUCCUUUCUUCCUACCUCCUUUUCUUGGUGUUGUGCCUGGGCUGUUUAAACCUUCAUUAGAUAAAGGCUUAGAAUGUUAACCAUACAGAAUCUUUCAAAUGAACUGAAUGUUGUGCUGAAUUUGUGCAUGCUUAUUACCACUCGCACUAUAUAAGAUACCACUUAUUCUGAAACUUGCCCCCUGUAAGAAUCUCUGUGUGUUGCCAUGAGCUGCUGAAAAGUAUGUGUGCUUACAAGUAUGUAUAUUGUGUGUGUGUGUAUGCACAUGUCAGGUCAUUUAUCUGUUUGACCUAUAGUGGAGUAAAGCUCCCUUUUCUGCAGAGAGCCCAUAGGCUCCCCAUAGCUGUACCGGGCUGAUGUGUAUAUAUUAGACCAUGGCAACAGUCAAUCGAUGGAGUUCUAACCCUACUGGGGAUCAGCAUCUGAAUCUGGCCCCCUCAGAGAGGCAUGAGGAACAAUGGCCUAUAGACACCCCCCCCCCCACACACAACCCCCACACACACCCCCAUGUAGUUGGAAGCAGUCUAUAUCUGCCAUCCACCAGGUCAGACACCCAGAAAGGGAGGAAUCCCAAAACAAACUACAAUUGGUGAAAAAUUGCUAACCAGAAGCCGAAUGAGCAAACAGAACUCCCCAGUCAGAAAACAUGCAUGACGUCACCACAUCCGCCACGCUGUGGUCUGCAUAAACCCCCCCCCCCCCAGCACCAUCUACCCAACCUCAGUUCUAAAACUGUUGUAUUAGGUGGCAGUCGAUUGACUCUGGCUCCAAUCCUUGAGCAGUGCUGUGCCUUGUGGUGAUGUGCUGCCAUGUGGUGGUGUGCUAGCCAGGUUCCAGAAGUACUGGAACUGCAUGCACCUAGGGUUCCCUUCCCUAGGUGCCCUAUAAGUACUACCCUUGCAGUUUGAGGUUACCUUUUACAAACUAUUUGGGGGCUACCUCUGCAGGGUUCUUUUGUUGCUUGAUGAGUUCCUGCCCUUGGGGUCAGCUGGGGUUUUUCCUACCCCUGUUUGGCCUUGGGUAGGAGGUAUCAUUGUCACUGACAAGGUAUUGUGCAGCUGUCUUAUUAUAUGCAUAGCGGCCGGUUCUGUUCCUCCUGGAGACGUUGUACUUUUGCGGGGUGUUUUUCUUUUGUUUUUGUUUUGCCUGGUGUGGUUGUAAGACCACUUGUAUUUUUUGGUGGCCCUCCACUAGAUCCCUGUGAUUGCACAUGUUGCAGGGGUUCAGCUUUUAGUUUGUUUGCUUGGUAGUUCUGGGAAAACUGGUUAGCAGUACCUUGCCGGGGCUUCCCUUAGCAGUCAGCCUAAGGGCCCUGGAAACCCCCAUUGGGGGCUCAUUAGUCCUAUGGAGGAGACCUUUAAGUUCCACCUCUCUUCAUGCGAGUUUGAAGUCGCCAUGCUGCCUGUUGGGUCGAUGACACCUUUCAUCUGGAGUCUUGCGAGUGGUGUUCCUUGCAUGUACUCCAGUUCACCCAGUCCACUGUUACUGAUAUUCGGGUACAGGCAGCUUCCAUGUUGUGCGCAAGGUUUAGGUUGCUGCAACGCGCUCGGUUGGUUACCUUUCCAGAUGCCCUGCGGUUGCCCUGUUUGGGUUAUAGGGACCCGGACUUGUGGGUCUUAUUCACCUCGACUUUGGUUUCUUCCACACCCCCCUUGUCCUUCCCCUGCUAUGGCUCGUCCUGCUCCCCCCCCCCCCCUUUCCCUGCUCCUGACUCCCAAAAGUCUGAGGGGUUUCGAAGUUCGGGCAGGGUUUUCUUGGUGGUGAGACUCGGGUAGCUUCGGGGAAUGCCACUUUCGGAUCGGCAGUGGAGGCAUUCAAGCUUGUACCUCCUGCUGGGGCUUUUGGGUCGUGCCAGAGGGCCCUCUGUAUCCCUGUUUUUCCAGUGGAAUCUGCCUUGUAUCCAGAGGCAGAGGAUUUAGAGGACGUUCUUUGCUUGUCGCCUCGCAUGCUGACAGGCGGUGCUCGUCCACUCUUUGGAAUCUGCUUGGGCCCCUGGCUCUUAGAUUUCUGUCCCCAUUUUGUCCAUUGCUGUUUUCAGAGUCAACGGUGGUGCAUCUUCUGCAGGCACUUCGUCUAGUUGCCGGGCUAUGUCGGACUUGUUGGUUCUCCGAGGAGACCGUGGGGGUCCUGCCCAGAAGGGUUGUGCCAAGGCUCGAAGUUCCUUCGGUCGUCAUAAGCCAGUUGUGCCAGAUUCGGGGCUGGUCCCUCCUGUGGAGCCGUCGGCGCAGUGCUCACUCUGAGUGUCAGUCGGGGUCUCGUAAGGGUCAUUGGCCCUUUUACCUGUUUGCCUCCUUUGAUGGGGCAAUGUGGGGGAAGCUCACUGUGUUUGCUUUCGCCUGGUCCCAAGAUUCAUGGGCUUUUGGGGUCAUUUCCUCAGGCCUGCGGUGACAUUGAGUGGUUCCUCAUCCUUCGGGGGGUUCAGGGCUAGUGGGGCAGGCCUCUUUUCCUGCGCUCUGUCAAGUCAUCCUGGAGUGGGUAUGCUUGGGUGUGGUCAAAACGAUGGCAUCCAUCAGGUAGGUUUUCUGGCUAUUUGCAGUUCCAAAACGAGAGUGUGCGGACCUGAGGUUCAUUCUGGACUUGUUCCGUCUGAACCCCUAGGUCUUUUGCCCCUCCUUUUGGAGGACUACCCUGUCCAAAGUCCGUCUUCUGUUGGAGCUGGGCACUUGGAUGGUGUCACUGGGCCUCUGGGAUGCAUAUUGGCACAUCUUGAUUCAUCCAGGGUUCAGGGACAGGCUCAAUUUUGUCGUGGGGAGGCGAGCUUACCAUAUUCGUUGCCUUCCAUUCACCUUGGAUCUGGCACCUCACAUUUUCACACACACCUUACCCAGGUCGUGUGUGAAAGUGAAAGAACCCAAGUGCCCGAUUGCAUCUGCUAGGGAUUCGGGUUCUGGCUUACCUCGAGAGCUGGCUGGUUUGGGCUUCCAGCCGGGUCGGCAUGUCUGCUGACCAUGGAUUUGGUUCUUUCCCAGCUUGCCAGGUUCGGGUUCUUGGAAAACUGGAGGAAGUCCCCAUUUGGUUCCCUCUCAGGUUUGGACUUGGCUGGACCUUGUGUUGGAUUCUCGGACCGCUUCCUUGUUUAUCCCUUCAGCAACGUUGCUGCAGCUGCGGUCCUGCCUUCGGCUGUUUAUGGAGGGCAUCCGGGUCACUCGUUGGUUGUUCGAACAGAUUUGGUGCGGGAAGUCUGGGAUACCCCCUUUCCCCCUCCCUGGGAGGGGUGGAGCUGCGCAGACAGUGGAGCAGCGGCUGUGGUGAAGUCUUGCUUGUUUUCUGAUUAGGGAGUUCUCUUUGCUUGUUUGGCUUUUGGUUAGCAAUUUUUCACCAGCUGUAGUUUGUUUUGGGAUUCCUACCUUUCUGAAGGCCUGACGUGGUAGAUGGCAAUUAUAGACUACUUCUAACUACAAGAGGGUGUCUAUAGGCCAUUGCUCCUCAUGCCUCUCUGAGGGGGUGUCAGGUUCUGGCCCUGGUCCCCGGUGGGCUUAGAACUCCAUCAAUUGACUGUUGCCAUGGUUUAAUAUAUACACAUCAACCCGGUAUAGCUCCGGGAGCCUCCAAGUCUCACCCAGAAAAUGGCGUUUCAUUACAUUCAACGCUGGUUUUAGCCAUCGGUGGUCAAGUGCAAAAACACCUGAUAUUUUUGUGCUCUGUCAUAACUACAUUUGAAGCUGUGCAUGUAAUUGGCCUUUAACUUUCACACCCCCAUUUUGAUCACUGCCAGAAAUGUUGUGCAUAAUUAUUGGCCUUAUAAAAAAGUAGUAAUGAUGUACUAUAUGUCUAUAUAAUGUAAUAUAAACAUUGUAUAUUUUUCUUUAUAAAUAAAUUCAUUAUUAUUAUUAUUAUUAUUAAUUUUAUUAUUAUUAUUAUUAUUAUAAAAGGAAUACCUUCCUCUGUCUCUCUUAUUCAUUUGUGCCCCUAGUAUUUCAGCCAUAUCAAAUGACUGUUCACGAAGCCUUCAGUGAGGGUGCUGGGCAAUGCGAUCAACAGAAUUGCGGAACAUAAACUAACACAUCCAAUUACUAGCUUGACCUAAUAGUGUUUAACCUGACUGAUAAUCAUGAUCAUAUGCAAUGCAAUUUCAGUAAUAUGCAAUAUGCAAUUUCAGGGUGUCUGUGGCAGCAUAGGCACAAAACAAAAUAAAAUUAUGUAGAUAUUAAGUUGGACUCCACGACAACAAAUUGGUUUCAGCCUGUGAGUUAGGAGUUAAUACUCACUUUGCAAGUGAAAGGACUUGGGGUUCCAAGUCUAGGCAGUGUAAACUUUUAGGCUUCAUUUCUUUGCUGUAUUUGUCUCAGUACACCAAGUAGGGACCAGGAUGUAAACUAAAUUGGCAGAUCAUGUUCUGGUGAAGAUAUAUAGAAUCAAGUUUUACAGUAAGGUGUGGUAGGAAGAGCUCAUAGCUGGCAAACAAAACGGUUAGAAACACCAGAUAAACAAAAUUGUAUAAAUGAGUUGUCUGUACUGUAAUAUGUUAUAUGAUUAUUUUAUACAAAUAAAUGCCUGUAUUCAUUAUUAAUACUAAAACAAAAUACAUGAUAAAUAUUUUAUUUUUAUUAAAUUGUGUAAUUA